AUGUCAUUGUUCAAAAAAAAACCAACAGCUGAUAAAGCUGUUGUAGGUGGUGGUGAUUCGUCAAUGUUUGGUAUAACACUAGAUCAACUUAAAGAACUUAUGGAUGUCCGAGGAAAAGAGUUAAUGGAAAAACUUAAUUCAUCUGAAUAUAACGGUGUUAAAGGAAUAUUAGAAAAAUUAAAAGUUGAUGGUACUAAAGGUCUUGAUUCAAAUAAUCAACAAGAUCUUGAACAACGUCGUAUAGCUUAUGGAAAAAAUGAGAUACCACCGAAACCAAUGAAAACAUUUUUAAGAUUAUGUUGGGAUGCAUUUCAUGAUAUGUUAUUAGUUAUAUUAUUAAUAUGUGCUGUUGUUUCAAUCGGUCUAUCAUUUUACAAACCGCCUCAAGAAGGAGGCGAAGGAAAAGAAGAUGAACCUAAUCUUGAAUGGAUUGAAGGUGUAGCUAUUCUUGUUGCUGUUCUUGUCGUUGUGCUAGUAACUGCAUUUAAUGAUUGGCGAAAAGAACGUCAAUUUCGUGGAUUACAAGAUAAAAUUGAAAAAGAUCAACAAACAUCUGUUAUACGAGAUAAUCGUAUACAACAAAUACCUGUUUCAGAACUUGUUGUUGGUGAUCUUUGUUUUAUUAAAUAUGGUGAUCUUUUACCAGCUGAUGGUUUAGUUGCUCAAGCAAGUGACCUUAAAAUUGAUGAAUCAUCUAUAACAGGAGAAACGGAUUUAGUAAAGAAAAAUGAGAAAGAAGAUGUUGGAUUAAUAUCAGGUACACAUGUUAUGGAAGGUAGUGGUCGAAUGAUUGUUGUUGGUGUUGGUCUUAAUUCACAAGUCGGUAGAAUUAUGAGUUUACUUGGUGCAACAGCCGAUGAUUCGGGAAAGAAGAAAAAAGAUAAAAAGAAAAAGAAAAAGAAAAACAAUGAAAAUAAAAAAUCUUCAAAAUCAAAACCAUUAUCAUCGACAAAAGUAUCUCCUGAUAAAUCGAAACCAAAUGAAAAUGAACAUAAUACUGAAACUGUCCAUGUAGAAAAUGAAAAAAAUCAAUCAACAACAAGACAUCCACAAAAGAAAUCAACGAAAAAAGAAACCAAUGAUAAUAAUAAUGAACAAGAAAAGAAAUCAAAUAGUGAUGAUAAACAAAAGAAAAAAUCUACUUCAAAUAAUGGUAAUGGUGAAGAACAAGAGAAACAAUCAGAUGGAAAUGAACAAAAACAAGGUAAUAACCAGCAAACAACAGAAUCAUCGGUGAAACAAGAUGCUUCUAAUGAUGAUAAAAAUAAAUCCGAAGAGAAACAAGAAAAUACUCAAAAUGCGAAAAAAGAUGCUGACGAGAAACCCGCUGGAUUAGCUGGAUUAGCAGCAGCUGCUGAAAAUGAUGAUGAUGGUGAAGAAGGUGAAUCAAAAGCUAGUAAACAUAGAUCUGUUCUACAAGCAAAAUUAACAAGUUUAGCUCUUAAUAUUGGUUAUAUUGGUAUGGCAGCUGCCUUUUUAACAUUAGCAUGUUUAAUUCUUCGUUUCUGUCUAUCAAACUAUGUUUUUAAAAAACAAAAAGCCAAAGCAGCUGAUGUUAGUUAUUUUAUUUCAUUUCUUAUUCAAGCUAUUACCGUCGUUGUUGUUUCAGUACCAGAAGGUCUACCAUUAGCUGUUACACUCGCUCUUGCCUAUGCUGUUCGAAAAAUGAUGACAGAUAACAAUCUUGUUCGACAUUUAGAUGCUUGUGAAACAAUGGGUAAUGCAUCAACAAUAUGUUCAGAUAAAACAGGAACAUUAACAACAAAUCGAAUGACAGUUGUACAUUGUUAUAUAACUGGAAAACACCAUGAAAAAAUACCGAAACCUGAAGAAAUUAAUAAUCAAGAUUUAUUAGAUCUUCUUUUCGAAUCUAUAACUGUUAAUACAAAUUAUACAUCAAAAAUAGAGGAUUCAAAAAAAGAUGAUGGUGGUUUACCAAAACAAGUUGGUAAUAAAACUGAAUGUGCUUUACUUGAUUUAGUACAAAAAUGGGGUGGAUCCUACGAUAAAAUUCGUGAAAAAUUUCCUGAAAAUAAAUUAGUUAAAGUAUAUACAUUUAAUUCUGCACGAAAAAUGAUGAGUACAAUUAUUCAACGUGAUGAAGGUUAUCGAUUAUAUACAAAAGGUGCAUCAGAAAUGGUUUUAACUAAAUGUAAAUCAAUUAUUGGUGAAGAUAAUCAACCAAAGGAUUUAAAUGAUGAUGAAAAAAAUAAAAUAGCACAUGAUAUUAUUGAAAAAAUGGCUAAUGAUGGUUUAAGAACAAUUUGUAUUACAUAUAAAGAUCUUGGCAAAGAAACACAAAAUUGGGAUGAUGAAGAUAAAAUGACUAAUGAUUUAAUAUGUAUAGCUAUUGUUGGAAUUGAAGAUCCUGUUCGUAAAGAAGUACCAGAGGCUAUUGAAAAAUGUCAAAAAGCUGGUGUUGUUGUUCGUAUGGUAACAGGUGAUAAUGUAAUGACGGCUCGGUCAAUUGCAACAAAAUGUGGUAUUAUUAAACCAAAUGAUGAUUUUCUUGUACUUGAAGGAAAAGAAUUCAAUAAACGUAUUCGUGAUUCAUCAGGAAGGGUUUCACAACAAAAACUUGAUGAAGUUUGGCCAAAAUUACGUGUUUUAGCACGUUCAUCACCACAAGAUAAAUAUAAUUUAGUUAAUGGUAUUGUAGAAAGUCAAGUAACACAACAUCGAGAAGUUGUUGCUGUCACUGGUGAUGGAACCAAUGAUGGACCAGCAUUAAAACGUGCUGAUGUUGGAUUUGCUAUGGGUAUUCAAGGAACAGAUGUUGCUAAACAAGCAUCGGAUAUUAUUUUAACUGAUGAUAAUUUUUCAUCGAUUGUCAAAGCAAUGAUGUGGGGACGAAAUGUUUAUGAUUGUAUCGCAAAGUUUCUUCAAUUUCAACUUACUGCUAAUCUAUCAGCUGGUGCUAUAUCAGUUAUUUCAGCUGCAGCUAUUAGUAGUGUUCCAUUACGAGCUGUUCAAAUGCUUUGGGUUAAUCUUGUUAUGGAUACGUUAGCAUCAUUAGCAUUAGCUACAGAACCACCAACAGAAGAAUUAUUAAAGCGAAAACCUUACGGUCGUACAAAAUCAAUCAUAUCACCAUUAAUGUUACGUAAUAUUCUUGGUCAAUCUUUUUAUCAACUUGUUGUUAUGUUUGUCAUACUUUAUGCCGGACCAUAUUUUUUGGAUGUUAAAUCAACUGUUGACGAUAUUCAAAAGGAUCCACGUGCCAGAAAAGAUUUAAGUGAACAAUUUACAAUGGUAUUUAAUGCAUUUGUAUUGAUGACUUUAUUUAAUGAAAUUAAUGCUAGAAAAUUACAUGGUGAAAGAAAUGUAUUUAAAGGAAUAUUUACAAAUCCAUUUUUUUAUGGUAUUUGGUUAUUUUGUUUUGUUGCACAAAUUUUAAUUGUUACAUUUGGUAAUAAAGUUUUUAGUUGUGCACGAUUAGAUAUUAAACAAUGGGCAUGGAGUUUACUUUUCGGUGUUGGAUCACUCAUAUGGCAACAGAUUCUUUUAUUCAUCCCAGUUAAACCCUUUAGUAAAUGUUUUUCAGCUGUAUAUCGUAUUUGUUGUCCGUGUUGUUAUAAGAAAAAAAAGAGAACACAUGACGAAGGAAAAGAAAAGGGAGAAGAAGAAGAAGAAGAAGAAGAAGAAGAAGAAGAAGGAGAAAAAGAAGAUGGAAAAGCUGAUGGUAAACCUAAAAAGAAACGACCAGCGAAAAAGAUUCGUAAACAUGAUCGAGUGGUUCCUGGUGAAGUAUUUACAAAAUAUUCUACAAUUGGUCAAUUAACUAAUGCAACAGUUGUUACUGAACCACCACCAGCAUUUGCUAGAUAUAUGCUUCGAAAAAGUGUUGAUCGUCUUAAUUCAGAGUUCCGAGUUAUUGUUGAAUUUCGAUCACGACUCGAAGAAAUUCAAGAAAAAAGAUAUGAAGAAAGUCUUGGAUAUAAGCGUCAGAGUCAAGGUAGUGUUCUCGAUGUAUAA